AUGAGUACGCUUCAAGAUCGGCUUCGGGAGCUGGGGGAGGAUCUGCCACGCGGAUGGCGUGCGGACCUUGCGCGCUAUUGCGGUGUAGCCGCUGCAUCCGUCUCGGACUGGACUACCGGGCAGACCAAAAAAUUGCGCGGAGACAUGCUUCUCAAGGUCGCUGAAUUUUUUAAGGUUAAUCCCCGCUGGCUUAACGAUGGGAAGGGUCCCAAGUACCUAAAAGACAAUGUCGAAUGGUCGGGCUCUGACAACCUGGAAAAAACUGAUCACAGAGGAAAAGUUCCAUUGAUUUCAUGGGUUACGGCUGGUCUAUUGGGUGAGGUAGCUGAUAACUUUCACCCGGGCGAAGCCGACGAGUGGAUAGAGAUUUACGACACUCGACCUGGCCCCAGUAGCUUUGCCCUGCGUGUCACCGGUGACAGCAUGACAAGCCCAUUUCCAGGGGAAAUUUCUUUUCCCGAUGGGUCCGUGAUUGUGGUCAACCCCGAUCUUUCAUCCGACGCCGGCCACUUCGUCGUGGCCAAAGAUGUCAGCACACAAAAAGCUACCUUUAAAAAACUGGUGUCCGACGGGGGAAGGUGGUUUCUCAAGCCCCUGAAUCCAGCCUAUCCGCUGGUUGAGAUUGACGACCCUGCAAUGCGCGUGAUUGGGCGCGUUACCGAAUACCAAAUCAGGGGCCGCGUGUAG